AUGACCAAUGCAAUAGUGCCCAAUAUUGCAGCAGCCAAAGCUGCAGAUAGAUGCACCAUGCUUUCAAGGAGAGGUCUGAGACUGAAGGAGGAGGGUGUGGCUGAGUUCAAACUCACACCAUUAUUCUUCUCAUCUGCUUGCUGUGUCAUUGAGCAAAAGGCGAGCAUUGAGGAAAGCACUAACCUCACGAUAGCCCAAAAUUUUCCAGUCUUUCUAGACCACCAGAAAACCUCCAUGGUCGGGGACUUCUGGAACAUUGUUCUGUUUGUAUGGUUCAAGUCAUGGCCAGAAGAGAAAGCCUUGUUCGGUCAAGACCAUGGAGAGCUGUCACUUGAUCAAUGUGUGCAGGUCGACAAGAAAAUCAAGAACUGGUUCAACAAUGAGGUUGUUAAGGGCCACCACACGCAAUCUAUAAAGUCAAUGGAGGCUGUUUUUGCUAGUCUUCUACACCCAAAGGGGACAUGUGCUAAACAAUGGUCAGAAAUCUUCUCCAAUCUGUACUAUGAUAAGAAGAUCAUGCCUGUUGUUCAAGCUGAAGUGGCAGCACAUGUGAAGGAGCCCAUGCAUGCUGAGAUGAUCAAGAUUAUCCAUACUAAGACUCACCCGGUCUUCAAAGAAGCUGAGGACAAUAUCAAGGAGGAAGUUGAGGUCAUCUAUCAGGCAGGACUGGCCUUUGUGUGCCUGCAGUGCCUGCAAAGGGUACAGGAUUGUCUCUUGGCAUUUCUUAAAUACACCUUCAACACGGUUGCUCAUCUCAUGGGCUGGCAUGGGACAGUGAUCUUUGGUGGACCAUCACCAAAAGCAGGCAGCAAGCUGGAGUCAAUCUUUCUUGUUGGCAAAACACCAAGUGGUGUAAACUUCGGUCAAUCUUAUGAGCAGUGGGAAGCCAUCCUUGCCAACUAUGCAGGUUAUCUGAAGGAGGCAUUUCAUAAGUUCCCAAUCUAG